AACUGACGAAUCACAACCGUUGAUUCGAUCGAGUGGAUCCGGCACAUCUGAAGCUCCGAUGCACCGUCGAUUAUAAGCAUUUUCGUGUGGUCUUCUUCUCCACCAUCUUCUCGGAGAGUGUCAGUAACCAUUGAUUUGACCAAAUCCUCGCGACGGCGCCGAUUCUAUCCCACAUUUAAAUUAGGGCAUUUCGAAUUUGUUUACACGUGGGAAGUUCCCAUUAGUCAUGAUGUUAUAUAUAAUAACAAUUCGGAAUAAGCCUCUGCUUUAGACGGAAGGUUACUGGUUGAAUAUGUGAGAUCGGAGUUUUCGAGAGUUUCGGCGAAGACGGAGAAAGAGAGAAAGAAGGAGGUGAAAAAUGAUAAAGGCAGUGUUGAUGAUGAACACACAAGGCAAACCACGGCUAGCGAAAUUCUACGAUUUCUUGCCUGUAGAGAAGCAACAAGAGCUCAUACGCGGAGUAUUUUCAGUAUUGUGCAGUAGACCUGAGAAUGUAAGCAAUUUUCUGGAGAUCAAUUCAUUGUUUGGCCCGGACUCUCGGCUUGUAUACAAGCACUAUGCUACUCUCUACGUUGUGCUUGUUUUUGAUGGUUCGGAAAAUGAGCUCGCCAUGCUUGAUCUCAUUCAAGUUCUUGUUGAAACACUUGACAAAUGCUUCAGUAAUGUCUGCGAACUCGACAUUGUGUUCAACUACAGCAAGAUGCAUGCCGUGUUAGAUGAGAUUGUGUUUGGAGGACAGGUACUUGAAACUAGUUCCGCGGAAGUCAUGAAGGCUGUUGAAGAAAUAUCAAAAUUAGAAGCUGCCUCGAACUCGAUUUCGCUUGUCCCGAAGUCUGUUUCCGGGUGGCGUGGUCGUUAGCUUCAUACCUUAUUUCAACGGUGACAGAGAAAGAGUCAGUUGAAUAUUGAAAUUACUUCAAAGCCUUUGUAAUUCAACUCUUCUUUUCGGUGUUUGUUUAUACGAACUGUAGUAGUCUUCUCUUG